AACGUGUGUUUAGUUGCGUUUUCUUUCCCUUAACUUAACCUAAAAAAGACGGAAUCUGUGCUCUAUAGUGUGGUGUUUAUCUUGAAUUUCCUCAUUUCCUAUACGCUUUAGAAUCAUUUUUAGGUAGUAAUUGUCAAAUAAACCCAUAAGUCAUGCCUUUCAUGAUAGGAAAAGCGCCUAUCAGGCGUACCAUCAAAUAUUUAGAGGCUGGUAAACUUGUGCUUAAAGAUCAGAUCAAAAUAUUCACAGUUAACUACAAUACUCAUGGAGAUCACCAUCAAGGUGCAAGGGAUUUUGUUUUCUGGCAUUUACCACAAUUACAAUACAAAAACCCACAUCUACAAAUUUGCACAUUGAAGAACAUGACACCAUCUCCGUUCAUCAAAUGUUUCUAUGAAAGUGGACAAAGAAUGUUAAUAGAUAUUGACAGUAAAUCAAAAGAUGAAAUCCAGGAUCAUCUUGAGAAAGUGAUUGGUAAAACCAAGGAAGUUCUGCAAGCUGAAGCAAGUAAAGAAAAGAAAGACAAUCCCGCGAAUUUCGGCGCGAUGUGCGAUCGUCACUGUAUUUGCGAGAUUUUAGGACAAAUUCCAUGUCCUGGAACCUGUCCACUUCCGUUUGAAAUGCGUGGAAAGUAUAAAUACGCCAAAGAGGAUUAGAACCAAUCAAUUGUUUAGUCAUAAUUUUCAAACAAAUUAAAAUAAUUUACAUUUAAA